AUGUCAGAUAUAGAACAAAUAGAUCAUAUACAACCAGAGCAAGAUGAACUAGAUAACCCAAUGAGAAUAAUACUAGUAACAGAUCACAAUCAAACAAGCACAGAGGAGGAAGAAGAAUCAAAAGACGAAAAAAUCACAAAAGAAACAAAAUAUCAAGUAGAAAAUGAAAUGGAAGAAAUUUUACUAGAUCAAAUUCAAACAUUUACACACAUGAACGAAUUUUUUGAUUCAUUUGAUUCAGAUAUAGCGUAUCCUAAUGAAGGUCACAUAAAAUAUGAAGUUGGUUCAGAUGGUCUUGUUGUUAUAAUAGUUGACUCAAAGAAACUAAAAGAUGAAGUUAUGAAGUUUAUAGAGAAAUAUGAUUUGGACUGUGAGGAAGUAAAGAAAGAUGAAGAAGAACAAUCAAGUAAGAAGAAAAGGAAAGACUAA